UGUUUUGCCUCACACUGGCAUUAGACUAGGGAAGUAUUGUAUUACAUUGACAUGGCUCUUCGGUCUUGAAGGUCACAGCUCUCUUGUCAUGACUUCUCAGUAUUAUUGAUUUGACUGCGCGGUUGACUUUCAUGUGCACCUCAUUAAGAUGAGUAAUUGUUUUCCAAGUUUCAAGUGGAGGUGCGGGUCUCUUCAUGGUAUAAUUGCAUGAUUUACCCUGUGCAGCUAGUGGUAAGAGAAAUGGUUUACAGAAGAUCCAGCUGUGAGUUUUCAUUUCUUCAGGAACAGGAGGCGGGACUAUAAACCAACCUAAAGCCAGGCAGGGCAUUGAUCAGACCAGAAAUGAUGUAGAGAGCACACAGCCCUGCAGACAGCCUCGUGGAAAUAUUAACUGGCAGAGAUAACCAAGAGGAAAUGCUCAGUGGCAGAGUGAAACCAUCUGUCAGAUUCCGAACAGUUCUUCUCCAUAAGCAGAAAAUGAAAUCUAGAAGAGAUUGUGUUUAACGGAACAGCGGAGCCUUGGGAUAUUUGUACACAAAAAAUUGAGGCGAAGGAGGCCUGUGACUGGUUGCGAGCUGCUGGAUUCCCACAGUAUGCACAACUGUACGAAGAUUCCCAGUUUCCUAUUGACAUUGCUGCUGUAAAGAAAGACCAUGAUUUUCUUGACAAGGAUCUUGUAGAACCUCUUUGUAGACGUCUGAACACACUGAACAAGUGCGCCUCAAUGAAACUCGAUGUGAACUUCCAAAGGAAGAAGAGUGAAGACUCUGAUGAAGAAGACCUUUGUGCCAUCAGUAACAAAUGGACUUUCCAAAGGACGAGCCGCAGAUGGUCUCGGGUGGACGACAUUGACACCUUACUUCAUCAGUCAGACAAGCAUGGGUCCUUGGGGGACAUUAAAAUGAAAAUCACCACCAGCAGUGAAAGUGUGCUUACUGAUCUGAGCGAGCCUGACGUCUCAUCUAUUCACAGCGAGAGUAGUGGGGGAAGCGACCAUCGAAGUCAUUCUGGAGCCAGCAACCUUCUCAGGGAGACAUUUGACUGUUCAGGACAAUAUUGUGUAGAAAACGCUCCUUUGCAUGACUCCACCUCAGUUGGCACCACCCCUUACCAUCCUCCAGAAGACUCUCAUCACCUCGGCAAUGAGAAACUAACACGGACCAGAGCUAAAACCUUUCUGAAGCGUAUGGAGACACUCAAAGCCAAAGGGGCACAUGGAAAAUUGAAAUGCUCCACAAGGACUAGUAACUUAGUGAUAGGCAGACCUGUUCUUCAGCAUGAGCCAAAAGCCCUAAAGGAUAUGCAAUGUGUCCAAAUUGGGAAUGGAAACCUCCAGAACAUAACAUCUCAAAACACAGUGAAGCAAGUGUUUCCCUUCUCUGCUAAAUCCAGCAGUGAGAGUAGCCAGUCAGAGAUUAGCAGUAGUGGCAUAAGUACUCCCUCCUUAAAGGAACGGAAAUACCAUGAAUCAAAUAAACGAGGCGGCAUGUACCUGGAGGACCUGGAUGUUCUUGCAGGAGCAGCACUGAGGCAAGUGAUAGAUCAGAAUCGUAGAAAUGAAUUUCAUUCCCAGGAGAACCUAGUUGUCCAUAUUCCGAAGGACCACAAACCUGGAACGUUUCCCAAGGCACUUUCCAUAGAAAGCCUCUCCCCUACAGAUAGCAGCAACCGUGUGAACUGGAGGACAGGCAGCAUUUCUCUAAGCAAUCAGAAGUGCUCGACACCCAAAGAGUCCAACCCCCUUGCUAUCUGUCCAAAGGAGAGUCGAGUUAGCAUUUAUGACAACGUUCCAGGUUCUCACUUAUAUGCCAGUACUGGAGACCUUCUAGAUUUGGAAAGGGAAAAUCUCUUUCCUCAUCUGGAUGACAUUUUGCAGCAGGUCAAUGGGCUUCAAGAAUCUGUAGAUGACUGGUCCAAAAACAUAUUGCCAGAGCUGAAGAACAACGAUCUAUCCGUUGGUGAAUGUGGAUCUUUAUCAUUCCGGUCACCAGUCAAGAUUGCAUUAGACUUUGAACAGAACUCUGUAUCGGAUGGCCGGACGACACCUAGUGAUAUGGACAGAGAUGGGACAUCUCUCAAUGAAUCAGAAGCUACUGGUGUUAGGGACAGAAGAGAUUCUGGUGUCGGAGCAUCUCUUACAAGGCCAAACAGGCGAUUACGUUGGCACAGUUUUCAGAUCUCUCACCAACUGUGCCAUGCCAUAGGAUCACUGCAGAUCAGCAGUCAGUCAGCUGCUCAGUUAAAUCUGCUGCAAAAAUUUUCCCUGCUUCGACUUACUGCCAUCAUGGAAAAAUACUCCAUGUCAAACAAGCAUGGCUGGACUUGGUCUGUACCAAAGUUCAUGAAGAGGAUGAAGGUUCCAGACUACAAGGAUAAAAACAUAUUUGGUGUGCCUUUAAUAGUUCAUGUGCAAAGAACAGGGCAGCCCCUUCCACAGAGCAUACAACAAGCGCUGCGCUAUUUACGCAACAAUUGCCUGGAUCAGGUGGGCCUUUUCCGAAAGUCAGGUGUGAAAUCCCGAAUACAGGCCUUACGCCACAUGAACGAAAGCUCUCCUGAAAAUGUCAACUAUGAAGACCAGUCAGCGUAUGAUGUGGCAGAUAUGGUAAAGCAGUUUUUCAGGGACCUGCCUGAGCCUCUGCUCACUAGCAAAUUAGGAGAAACGUUCCUCCACAUAUAUCAAUAUGUUCCAAAAGAACAACGGCUUCAGGCGGUCCAGGCUGCCAUCAUGUUGAUGUCAGAUGAAAACAGGGAGGUUUUGCAGACUCUGCUGUGUUUCCUAAAUGAUGUCACUUCCGUGGAAGAGAACCAGAUGACACCCAUGAACAUAGCCGUGUGCCUGGCGCCUUCACUUUUCCACCUCAAUCUGGUCAAGAAAGAAAGCUCUCCACGGGUAAUACAGAAGAAAUACGCAACAGGGAAGCCUGAUCAGAAAGAUCUCAGUGAAAACCUGGCAGCAACUCAGGGACUUGCACACAUGAUAGCAGAAUGCAAUAAACUUUUUGAGAUCCCACAUGAUAUGGUAACACAGUCUCGGAACUCGUAUGUUGAGGCCGAAGUGCAUGCUCCAACUCUGGUGGAACUGGGCAAGCAAAUGGACGAAGAAGGUGGGAAUUACCAGACCUACCUAGAAAGUCUAAUACAGAGCCUCUGCAAAGAAGCAAAAGAAAAAUUCAAAGGAUGGGUCACUUGUUCCAGCGCAGAAAAUACGGACCUGUGCUACAAAAAGGUAGGAGAUGGAAACCCAUUGAGGAUUUGGAAGGCAUCCGUGGAAGUUGAGGCUCCUCCGUCUGUUGUAUUGAACCGAGUCCUAAGAGAACGCCAUCUUUGGGAUGAGGAUUUCUUGCAGUGGAAAGUCAUUGAAACGUUGGACAAACAGACGGAGGUCUACCAAUACGUUUUGAACAGUAUGGCUCCCCAUCCUGCUAGAGACUUCUUAGUCCUCAGGACGUGGAGAACCGAUUUGCCUAAGGGGAUGUGCAUAUUGGUGGCUGUAUCCGUGGAACAUGAAGAAGCCCCUCUGAUGGGAGGGGUGCGAGCAUUUGUUAUGGAUUCCCAAUACUUAAUAGAGCCCUGUGGCUCUGGGAAAUCUCGCCUGACACACAUUUGCAGGGUGGACCUCAAAGGUCAUUCAUUAGAGUGGUACAACAAAGGCUUUGGACAUCUGUGUGCAGCUGAAGUUGCCAAUAUCAGGAAUUCAUUUCAACCGCUGAUUGCUGAGGGACCAGAAACAAAAAUAUGAGUGCUGGAUACCGACAUAUAUGGAGUUCCAUGGACAAACUAGAGCCACUGGGUGAAUUUAGCCUACAUUUGUGCAAUAGCCAAGCAAGGAUUGCUUGGGCAUCUCUGCCAUGGUCUGGUAAUGUCACUCACUUACCCUCCCAGCCCCGUCCUGUAUUUGUUGAUCUCCUUCACUGAAGAAUAUUUGUCCAAGAACUUUUUCGGGCUACACAAAUUGACUGUGGCCAUUGCUUUUCCAUUGCAUAAUUCUAAUAUUUAAAAGCUUCUGAGAAGCUUAUUUUAAAGUGUAAAUAAGAGAUGUAAAUAUUGUAUAGACUUUGCUAUGUAUCAUAUCUGCCUAUACACACACAA